AUGCCACCUGUUAAGCCCCAAAAGCCUCUUGCUACCGAAACUGUUCCCACCGUCGGUUCAACUGUCCGGUCGUUUAUGGUGGAAAGUACCUUCACUAACCUGAAACCAACAUUCUUGCCCCAGGGGAAAGUAGACGAUCUUGUUACGAGACGUUUGAUCAUCUGGGUAUUUUACAAGUGUGAAGACAAACCAUCUUUGACUGUCACUAAAUCAGUCGAAAAGGUGAUAAGCUUCAUCUUGACCAAUGCCAAGAAGAUCUUCUCUAUUCUUGUUUACAUCUCACUGAAAGGGGCAAGUCUGUAUGGACUUCUGAGAUACCUCAUUGAGUGGGAACUCCACGACAUUCACCUUCCUUUCAGAAGAGAACAGAUUGACGCCUUAUUCCCCUAUAUUACCGACCAAGAUGUGGAGGACAUCAAAGGCAUGCGUCUAGACCGAGAGGCAUGGAACGACGACCAUGUUAAUCAUUUUGCCGAGAACCAGUGGAAAUUCUGUGCUCCAGUUUUCUCUACGUGUAUAGACAACCACGACAUUGUCGAGAAGUCUAUUCUACCGUUCAUCUAUAAGAACGCCGAUUCUGUUGCUGCAGGAGCCUUUGGUGAGGUUAUGAAGUACAAAAUUCAUGAUUCACACCUUGACACCAGCGGAUUGAUCUUUCCUUGUACUGAUUACGUCGCUAUCAAGAAGAUCAAACUGGAAAGUGACCAGGAGCGGGAUAUUAAGAUCCAAGGCUGGGAGAAGGAAGUAAGGGCGCUGUGGAAAAUGAGAGCUCUUGGUCAAAAGCACAUUGUCAAUUUUAUCACCGCAUUCCGCUUAGGCCAAGAUGAACACUAUCUCAUCCUCGAAUGGGCGGAUGGUGGAAACCUCAGGAACCUCUGGGAGCAUUUUCCUCGACGCCUGACAGCAGAACUGAUUCAAGAUGCCUUUGAUCAGUUGCUGGGUCUUGCCCAAACCCUUUGCAAAGUUCACAACCCGGUGGAUGAGACUGUAUCGGAUCAACACUUUCGCCAUGGAGACUUAAAACCUGAAAACAUCCUUCGGUUUAAAGACGCCAGCGAUAGUACAAAACUCGGUACACUGAAGAUUGGUGACUGGGGUCUCGCAAAACAACACAACAACAUCACACAGCUUCGAACUGUGCAGACGUCAACUCCGUUCGGCACACGGCGCUACGAGCCUCCCGAAGAAAGGUCCAUACGCGGCAAUAACCUUCUUGUAGUAACUAAUACUGGAAAACCUGGUAGAAGACGAUCUCGGCUCUACGAUAUCUGGGCUAUGGGAUGCAUCUGGCUGGAGUUCCUGAUCUGGUUGAUGUACGGCUAUGAAGAACUGAAACGAUUUAACCGCAGUUUGAACCAAGGCGAUGUCGACAUACCUUGUUUCUACGAGAUUGGUAAAGACGGCAAUGCCAAGGUUCACCAUGUGGUCUUGGAAUGGAUAGAACAUAUGGCUCGAGACCCAGUCUGCGAGGUUGGACAAACUGCUCUGGGCAACUUACUUGAGCUUAUUAGGGGUAAACUACUGGUGGUGAAGCUACCUCAGAACUUGGGAUCCAGUACCGAUAUGUCUCUGACACCUCGAGCACGCCGUCGCAGUUCUCCCAGCAGCAACGUCAGUUCAGGUAAUACGCCACGGAGAGGCCUAGCUUCAUCGGUGGCCCUUCCGCAAUUCACUGUGACCGAGCCAGACUCACUCGAAUAUUCAACUCAAGAGAAUCCCACAUUCUCUUACGCUGUUUCUCCUCCUGAGAAAGCCCCCAUAACACAGUUACAAUCUGACAAGGACUGCCGCGCCCGAGCAAAAGAUCUCUACGACCGGAUGGAGAUUAUCACAUCGGACGUGGAUACAGCUGAUUACUGGCUAUCAGGUACCCCUAGUUCCCCGCCCCGAAGCACUUUUGACGACACACAAGAACUGUAUUCCAAUGACGGUAUGCACUUGAGCACUAGCAAUACUAUGCUGGUCACUGAAACUUCGGAUUACAGGAUUAUGUAUGCUGAGUCUAGCUCAACCCCUCAGGCAGUUACUUAUACUGACAAUGUGUCUGCUGGGGCAUCCAGGGUAAAUAUUGUAGACAGUGAGUCCCUAAUAGAACGUAAGAACUUUCGAGCGUAUGAGCUGAGCAGCAUAACAAAACAGAAUCUAGAGGACACUUGGAACAUAGUCAUCGACAAUGAAUUUGCGGAUCGCGUUACAUCUUCUAUCAGGGCAAACAACCUCGGUGUCCCUUCUCCUUCAGAGUCAACGAAGCUUUGUGGGAAAUGUCUGACGUUCCGGAAUGGACUUUUAAGUCCAGGGUUCAAUAUCACCUACGACUCGAAUACUCUCAAGGCCAAUUCCAGUACCGGCAUCUGCGAUCUUUGUUGCCUGCUGUGGCCAUUCUCUCAGAAGGCGGGUCAAGCCGCAACUUCCCAUGUCAGCUUCCAGAGAAAUGGAACAAGCAUUCUCAUGAACGGUUACACGCUGGUUGCGUCCAUCUUUAGAAAUGAUAGUCUUAGCACUGGUAUGGACACCCAGAUCCAGCUCAGUCUUCCCACUCUCCCUGAUGCUGGAAGUACAGCGCAUCUGGAGAUUGUCAAACAAUGGCUUCAGAACUGUGAUCGGCAUCACCAUGGCUGCAAGCGUAGCCAGACCUGGAGUAUUUCAAACAGUCUGGGAGCGGGCAAAAAGCUACCUACGAGAGUUAUAGCUGUGAAUGGUACCAAUGACGACAAGGUCCAUCUACUUGAAACUACCCCAAGUAACAAAGGGAAUUGGGUGGCAUUAUCUCACCAAUGGGGAUCAGAUCAACAGUUUCGCACCCUCAGAACCAACAUACAAAAGCAUAUUGCUGGUAUCAAACUAGCCGAUCUUCCGCGCACCUUCAGAGAUGCUGUUAGAGUUACUCGCGCCAUCGGUUGCCCGUAUCUGUGGAUUGACUCGGUCUGUAUUAUCCAAGGGAAUGAUGGGGACUUCCGGCAGGAGGCGAAGCAAAUGGAACAAGUUUAUAGUGGUGCAUACUGCGUACUUGCAGCAAGUCGCUGUCCAGGGCAUGAUGCUGGCUUCCUUGGACCAAGAACAGAGCAUCGAUGCAUCAGUCUAUGGAAUGGUUCGACUCCUGUUUCCAUCCGCGAGAGCAUCGACGACUUCCAGAAUGACGUCCUGGACGGACCAUUGGGCGGUAGGGGUUGGGUCUUGCAGGAACACGCCCUUGCUCGCCGAACCGUCUAUUACACGGACUACCAAUGCUACUUUGAGUGCGGUGAUGGAGUACGCUGCGAGACCAUGACAAAGAUGACCAAUCAGCGUGCCACUUUCCUGGCGGAUCCAAACUUUCCUCUUCUGAUGAUGAAAGCAGACAAGGGGGCGAAGAUCCUCGGCUACCAGGACCUUUACAAGAUGUAUUCUGGACUAGGUCUUACCCUCGAUACCGAUAGACCAUGGGCUAUCAACGGACUGCAAGAGCGAAUCAUCGCUGCUCUUGAAGUUCAAGGUGGAUUUGGCGUCUUCUUUGAGGAUAACAGCGACGGUCGUCGUCGGGGUCUACUUCGGCGAAGUCUGCUCUGGCGUCGGGCUGAUAAGGAAGACACCCUUACCCCAGUCAAAUUCUGCCCGAGUCCGAGUGGUACCAGGGUUCCAUCUUGGUCAUGGAUGGCGUACACCGGUAGCAUCGACUAUAUCCCCGCCGACUUUGGUGGAACCGAGUGGGAAUUUGUGAAGACGCAGUGGGAUUCAGAGCCCAACAAGGCUGACGAUGGAGUAUUGGUUGCUGAGGCGAGGGAAUACAUCGACGGUGGCCAUGAUUCCAUGCUCGUGUUUGACUCGUCGUCGGGCUCCAAACGGACGGUCACGAAAUGUGUGGUUCUUGGUAAACAGAAGGGAAGUGGGUCAGAUGAGGUCAAGAUUCACUAUGUCUUGUUGGUUGAGCCCGACCCAUCCUCAAGCCAGGUGCGGCAUUAUAAACGGGUGGGCGCCGGGACGUUGCUUGGGGGAUUUCUAGGUGGGAACAGCGAGACGAUUCAGAUUGUGUAG